UCCCCUCUCCUCAUACUCCACACACACACACACACACACACACACACAACCCCUCCGUGUCCCGCUCUGCUGGCAGCUGCCUGUGCUCCCCCCCAUCUCACCCGACGAAAAACACUUUCGGGAAGAAUAAAGUUUUUUUCCCAAACGGACCUGCCGCUCAGCCAGUCUCUACUCGCAGCCAAACCGUGGCCUAGCAGGAGGAACGGCUCGACUAUGUGGAGAAAGAAGCGUGCUCUUGGGGAACCCCUGGCUUGUCUCGUGUUACUGGUGACGCUGGUCGAUGCUUAUCGGUUCUUGAGCCAGAGCACAGCCUCGCAGUUCCUGAGCAGGCACAGGAGGGCCAACUCAAUGUUUGAGGAGAGCAAGAAGGGCAACCUGGAAAGGGAAUGCAUCGAGGAGCUGUGCAACAAGGAGGAGGCCAGGGAGAUCUUUGAGAACCAACCGGAAACGGAAUACUUUUACCCUAAAUAUGUUGCGUGUCUGGGUUCACACCGUGUCGGCAUAAAUAGCCAGCACUCAGAUGCCGGCAUCCCCUCUAACCUUCGCACCUGUGUGAAAGAGAUCAGUAAUCAGUGCACGCCAUUUCCAUGCUACAAGGAGGGUUCAGAGCGCUGCGAGGACGGCAUGGCUACCUUCACAUGUGUGUGCAAGCAGGGCUGGAAGGGGCCGCGCUGUGAGGAAGACGUCGAUGAGUGUUCAGAUCCUGAACUUCAUGCCGGAUGUAAUCAAAUAUGUCAGAAUAUCCCAGGUAGCUUCCACUGCAUGUGUGAAGAAGGCUACAUACUCACCGACAACAUCAACUGCAUGGAUGUCAAUGAAUGCCUGCUAUACCGCAGCAUCUGUGGAAGGCAAGCUGAAUGUGUCAACAUACCAGGCACUUACGACUGCAGAUGUCCUGUGGGAUAUAAAUAUAACUUCACCUCCAGGACAUGUGAUGACAUGAACGAGUGUGAGAUGAAUGUGUGCAAGGGGGUUUGUAUAAACACUCAGGGCAGCUAUUCGUGCUACUGCGAUGGUCGCCAGGGUUUGCAUCUGGCACAGGAUAGGCGGAACUGCAAGAGGAUCCCCGUGUGUCUCAACCUGUUUGAGGAAAAACACCCUGAGAUGCUUUACUUGGGAGAGCAGUUCGCAGGCCUUCCUGUCAUCUACCUGCGCUUCCGCCUGCCGGAGAACACAAAGUUUGCAGCCGAGUUUGACUUGCGUACUUUUGACCCAGAGGGAGUUGUUCUGUAUGCUGAGUCUUCUGAAGGCUCGUGGUUCAUGGUGGGACUCAGGGGCGGUCGCAUUGAAGUCCAGUUCAAAAACCAGCACACAUCUAAGGUUACCAGCGGAGGAAAAGCAAUCAAUGAUGGACAAUGGCAUGUGAUCUCUGUGGAUGAGCUGGAGAGCAGCAUCAGUGUGAAGAUCAGCAGGGAAGCUGUGAUGAGCAUUAACAGCCCCGAGAGUCUCUUCACAUCAGUCAAUGGCAAGCUGGAGACCAAAGUUUACAUCGCUGGCCUGCCUAACCGCACCGACAAUGUCAUCAAGCCUAUCAACCCCAGGCUGGAUGGCUGCAUCCGGGGCUGGAACUUGAUGAAUCAGGGGGCGUCUGGGGUAAAGGAGGUAAUCCAGCAGAAGACAAGUAAACACUGUUUCGUGCGUGUAGAACGAGGAUCUUUCUUCACCGGGGAGGGACUAGCACACUUCAACAUAGACUACAGUGAUUCUGGAAGCUGGAAAAUGGAUAUAAAGAUGAACAUUCGUCCAUCCACCAGCACAGGUGUCCUCUUUGCUGUUGUCUACAACAACACAGUCCCCCUGUCAGUGGCUGUUUUACCAAAGGGAAAAGAUGCUUCUAAUUUGCAGGUGUUCCUGCACGAUGCCUUGGUGGCCACGUUGGACACUGUGAUGCUGUGUUACCCUGAUCAGCUGAUGGUGCAGCUGAACGUGACUCCCACAGAAAUCCUGAUCUCAGCCGACUUCUCCAGUGCGACUUACAUGGAGUCCAGUGCCCUGCAGAAGGAGCUGGAACACCUCAACAGCACCAUGCAAAACCCUGUCAGCACAUACAUUGGUGGAAUACCCGAAGACAUCCCUUUGCCUACCACCCCUGUGACGGCCUUUUACUACGGCUGCAUGGAGAUCAGUAUCAACAGCCAGCAGCUGGACUUCGACGAAGCUCUCAGCAAACAUAACAGCAUCAAGUCCCACUCGUGUCCUCCUAUCACUACCGUGUUUGAUGACCUGGAGGUGGGACACAUGUACAGAAAGUGACCCAAUUUAAAAAACCACAUUGCAUUAAAAAGCCCUAAAAUUAGGCAGUCCCACAGGGGAAACUUCUUGGGAUAUUUUGGAAAGAGAAUCUAGAGAGGAGGAGAAG